AUGCCUUGCAGCAUAUUUGUUGUUGCAGCAGUUGUUGCUGCCGCUGCUCAAGGAAGCUCUUUACCUGAGCUUCCCAGUUUCCUCAGCAAUACUUCUCAAUCUGUGUUCCCACCUCUUAAAGACAUUGCCGUGGAGAUAUUCAACUAUCCUGAGCUAGGACUCAACGAGUAUUACGCCCAUCAAUUGGUCGUUGACUACUUCGACCAGGUUGAGGGCUGGGAGGUGACACCACACGCGUAUGGAAUGGAUACGGCCUAUACUCUAGAGUUCGAACAUCGUCCGCAAGGUUAUGAUGGGGCCCUCAAGUCCAUAGGCUUCCUUUCCGAAUAUGAUGCUCUCAUCGUGGGAUCGGACCCCCUGGUAGGGCAUGGAUGUGGUCACAACCACAUCGUCCUGAACGGCAUAGCAGCAGCUACGUUGGCCAGCAGAGCUCUUGUCGAGUACAAUGUUCCCGGCCGCAUCAAAGUCGUCGGCACGCCCGAUGAGGAGAACGCAGCCGGCAAAUUCAAGCUCAAGGUUGCCGGUGCCUUUGACGAUGCCGACAUCUGGCUCAUUGCCCAUCCUAGUUCCGUCAACACCAUCCAGCCUCUGGGGUCCCGUAUCAACAUCUCGCCUCACUUCGUCGGCAAAAGUCACCAAGAGGCCGUGAGGAAGGCAUAUGAGGCCAUUGUGGCCGUGGACAAGAUUGCCACAAGCUUGCCCGGGAUGCGUUCAUCUGUCACCAAAAUCCAGAACGUUGGCAUGUACUCGACCAACGUUUUACAGUCGCAAGUCAACUUUGGCGUAUCUGGCUCCGACAUGGCCACAGUCAAUAGGACCGUGUCUGACAUACUCGACGACACAUUUCCGCGUGUUUCAUUCACCACGAGGCAAGAUCCACACGGAAUUGCCAUCAAGAUACACGGCCCUGGCGGUCACGCUUCCCUGACGGAAAAGACUCCGCUUGACCUAUCCGUCGCAACCUUUCAAGCCUUCUCGAACCGCUCCGGGGUCUCGUUUUACGUUCCGGGAAACACUUCGGCCACCGAGCUCGACAUUACGUUUGAUGUGCGGUCAAGGUACAUGGUCGACCUGCCCGCUGUCGUCGACGCGGUGAGAAGCGCCGUCGGCAAACUUGGGAGCCGCGUAACCAUGGACCUGAGAUACCCAAACGUUGAAGUGCCUCCAUUUCUACCCGAAACGUGGAUUGACCUCGUUGGCAGGCCGGCGUAUAAUCUCAGUGGAUGGCAAAUCACAGACCAGGCCCUGGCAGAUUCCGACAUUGCCUGGGUGCAAGGCGCACAUGUCGACCCCCAAACUCACAAGUUGGUCGGCAUGGAAAAGGUUGUUUUCCAGCCAAACUACAAUAUUUGCGAGCCAGGCAGCAAGUCUUGUCCCUUUAAUCACGAGCCGGGGUUUUUAAGGCUUGCUGGUAGCGAAUAUAGCUACACGCAGACUGAGAUUGUGGCGAGAGCUCAGGCACAACUUGCUGUCCAGCUAUUGACCGACGAAACCAUGUACAAUAGUGCGACAGCUAUCCUUGCAAAGAAUAGAGUUAUUGAGGAAUAA